GGACAGCUGAGGGGGCACCGGGGACCCGCUUUGCCCCGGGCACCGCCGCUGGCCUGCUGCCCACCCCCGGCUCUCCCGGCAGCCCGGUGUGCGGGGUGGUCGUGGGGCUGUCCCCGGCUUCCAGCACCCCCCGCCCCGAGGCGCGGUGACCCUCGCUUGGCGCUCGGCUGCUCCGCACCCCGCACCGCGGUGGCCCCGGGCAGCGCUCGGGAGGCUCCCGGCGCUGAUGAGGGUCUCUCUGCUCUGCAGCCCCGAAGCACUGAGGAUAAGUGACUUGUCCAAGGUGACUUCGAGCGGACUCCGAAGCGCUCUCCAGCCCCUGCCCUGUCCGCAGCGGUUCCGCCAUCGCCUGAGCUGCCCUCCGGGAGCGCUGCUGCGGCUGCACCCCCGCUUUGCCCGGCGCUGCGAGCGGGGACCGCGACUGCCCGCGAAGGGGAAGCGGGGAGCAGGCGUGGGGCAGCCAUGCACGGCUUCAGCGCAGCCGCCAGCACCCACAGGUCUGCAGGUCAUGGCCAUUGCCUUCGCCUUGGAGGUGUCCGUGGGGAAGACCAACACAGUGAUGGCUCUGAACAGCUCCAAUGUGUUGCUGCCCUGCACCUUCACCACCUGCAUUGGCUUCCAGGACCUGGUCUUCACGUGGUAUUUCAACUCAACGGAGCUGAUCUACCAGGGCAAGAUAAAGAGCAAAACCUCUGAGCCCACCGUGGUGACCAGCAACCCCCGUGUGGAGUUCGUGGGCUCCACCACGGGCAAGGACAACAACAUCUCCAUCGUGCUGAGCAGUGUGGAGUUCAGUGAUGCUGGCAAGUACACCUGCCACGUCAAGAACCCCAGGGAGAAGAAUGCCCAGCACAAUGCCACCAUCUUCCUCACCGUGGUCCAGAAGAUGGUGGAGACAGACAACACUGUGACGCUCAUCAUCGUGGGCGUGGUGGGGGGGCUCAUCGGCCUCCUCAUCCUCUUCAUGCUCAUCAAGAGGGUUGUGCUGUUCAUCAUCAAGAAGACCCAGGACGGGAAGAAGGAGUGUCUGGUGAGCUCGUCGGGAAACGACAACACCGAGAACGGCUUGGCCGGCUCCAAGGCAGAGCAAAAAGCACCACCAAAGGCAUGAAGCGGUGGCACUCCCUGCCCACGCCCGCCCAGCGGCGGGGGGGAGGGUGGGCAGGGGCACCAACCUUGCCCUUUUCCCUUUCUUACUGGACUGCCAACGCUUGGGACAUGUUUGUACUACACCCGUGCCUGCAACCCGCACCGCUUCUGGGAACAGGCUUCGGCUGCCACCGCCACUGGGAGCUGCUUGCGGGCUCGGACUGGGCUGCUGCUGGCGCAGGGGGAGAUGCCCGCUGGGCGCCGAGCCAAGGCGAGAGGUGCUGGGCGGGCAGGAAGGGUGCCGGGGAGCGCCCUGGGCUGCAGCCAGGUGGGUGCUGCGCCGCACGUGUGGUGCUCCCGGGGCUGCGGGGGAGCGUCUCAGGGUGGCUGAAGGGUUAGAGGCUGUGAGGAGCUUAGGGAUCCUGUCUGGCUUCGGUGAUGCUGAGCUGGCGCGGGCAGGAGCUGCCUGCGUCCUGCGGGAGGUUCGUGGGGCAGGGAGGGUGCAGGAUGGCAGAGGUGGGAGGGUGCAGGAUGGCAGAGGUGGAGGGUGCAGGAUGGCAGAGGUGGAGGGUGCAGGAUGGCAGAGGUGGAGGCUGCUGCCUUCCUCAUGGCACGGCGGGAAGGGAGGAAGCAGGGCUGGGGUGAUGGGGCUCGGACGCAGCUCUCCUGCGAAGCACACCUGAGACCCCUGUCAGCCAGGGCUGGCACCCUGUCCUAGCAGGGCUGGGUGCCACCCUCUUGGGGGCAGGCUGGCCCCGAGGUGCCUCGAUACCCCCCUGUGCCAGGGCUGGCAUGUCCCGGGAUCACUGCUACCCUAUGGCAGGGUGAAGCUCCCUGCUUCACCUUCUCUUUGCCCCUGCACAGGCACAGGAGGCAGCUUCCCCCCGAGGCAGCCUUCACGGGAGGCACUCCCUGGGCUUGUGCUGCUGCUGCUGCUCCUCCUCCCCUCCGAGAGCCUGGCACUCGGAGCAGAGAUGCUGCCUGUUCCAACUCGCCAAGGCUGAGCUCGCUGCGCUCCCGUGGGACAUCAGCUGCUUGUGUUGCCCUUUCCCCCGAGGAGAAGGGUGGCACCUGCCGGUGAUGCAGGGAGGAAGCAUGGUCGAGCCCUGGCGAGAGCAGCUGUGCCAGGGCAGUGCCAGCCUGCUCCCGGGCCUGCCACUGGCUCGCUGAGCGACGUUGGGCAGGUCGCUCUGCCCCUCCAUGCCUCAGUUUCCCCAUCUGUAAAAGGGGAUAAUAACACUGCUCUACCUCACUGGGGGGGAGGGGGUGUGAGGCUGAUGUUUGGGAAGUGCUUGGAGAGCCUCAGGUGAGGGCUGCCACAGAGAGCCGGGGGGGGAGGCUUUGUGAAGGGUGCUGCAGUGGGCACUGGGGCAGCCCAGGUCGUCCCCCAGGCUGUAGCAGAACCUGAGGCAUGCAGGGCAUGAGCUGAUGCUGUGAGUGAAGCUGAUGAUGUCCUUUGCAAUGAGUCACCCCCUGGCUCUCCUCUGUUUGUGAGUGUGGCAGUGAGGCUGCAGGGCAGGCAGCUGCCCGUCCCCACUCGAGGCUGGCAAUGGAGCCCUGACCUCCCUCUUGCAGGGGCUCACACCCUGGCAAAGGUGCCAAAGCAGAAGGUAGGCAAGGACUUGGUGGCCAGGGCAAACAAGGUGAGAUUCAGUGCUGCCUUCUGUGGAGGCUGUGGUGAGAGAAGUCAGACUCCACUUGCCCAGGAUGGAGAGCACCUUGCCAAGGCUCAGGGGCACCUGCUGGAGCUGGGCUAAGGGACAGGGACAGGAGAUGGGUAGGGGCACCUGGCUCCAGGCUGGCUUCCUUGGCAAGCAGGAGCCAGGUCCCUGGGAUCCUGGUCCCCUCUCUGAGGAUCCACGGGACCCUCACCUGAAACCUCUGUGCUCCAGGUCCCCCAUCUGACAAGAGGGGACAGCAAAGCUGAGCUACCUCCCGGGAGGUGUCAGGCUCCCUGCACCGCUUCAGAGUGCUCCGAGGCCCUGCGGCAAAGCUGCCUGCAGGGCACUCCGAAGAACCUGCUCUGUACCUGCAGGGCGUUGUGGCCAUGCCAUUGUCAUGGUGAGACUGGGCAGGAAGGUGUCAGACUUCCUGCUGGCCCCAGAAGAGCCCUCCCAGUCCACCCUUGGAGGAGACCUCCCGUGGGAGAGGACAGUGAGGGGAGGAAGGGACUUCUUCCAAGGGCUCUUCUUAGCUGGCCUAACCUGUUGGCCUCCUUUAGAUGGUAUCUGGACGUGGGUCCACUUACCCCAGGAUGUGCAAAGAUGCACUGUGCAUGGAUCACUCCUUGGGCUGAUGGAAGGAGUCACUCUGAGCAGUUUCUGGAGUGUAACCUCACCUGUGUGGGUGCUGUGCAGAGCACCUGGGGCUGGGCAGGGGCACUUGUGACAGCAGGAGCUGGAACAAGGGCUUGGGGGUGUGUAGGGGGAGGAGGUCUGCAGAGCUAUUUCUGGGGCAUGCAGGGGGAGAAGGCCCUGUGGAGGUGUGUGGUGUGGCAGACAGGUCUGUGGAUGAGCAUCUGUACCUACCUACACCUAGGAGGUAGCUGCCAAGAGGCAGAGGCUGCGGAGCUCUCGCCCUGCGCUGCCCUCCAGCACAUCCUUGCACCGCAGAGGUUUCCUCAGCUUUGCCUUGGAUCCAAUAAAGUUGAUGUUUACUAAAGAAAA